UAGGGCGUUUCAGAGGGUGGUUGCUAUGGAUAUGUGGAUGCUGACGACGGCUGAUAAGGUUGGGAGGACAGAUCGGCUUCAUGCUUAUCUGCAGGCUUGUCAGUCAGAGUCCCUGCCUUCCUCACCUUCACGAUAGCAGCAGGGACCAGGCAGAACAAGCGUAAGCCACAGGGAGAAGAAAAUAUAUACAUAGGUCUAGGUAUAGUGCCAGGCAGCCUGCAAACAACAUAGCGUGGGAAGAGCAAGAGAAGCAAUACAGACUGAGAGAGACUCAGUAAUUAGUAGACUGAAAGGUGACCGUGGAGGAAAUAAAAAAAAAGCGAAAGCAACACUUGAGAGAUAGCUACGUGUGAGAACAUUUUUAUGUCUUCAAUUUAGGGUAGGUGGAGCACGUGUCAAAGUGAGAAAAGCGUAGCGACAAGAAACCAAGAAGAGGGCGAGAGAAUAGAGGGGGGCUAGAGAGGCAUUCAAUCACAGGGGCAUAUAAGAAAAAAAAACAGACUGCAUCUUUUUGUAUUUCGAAAGAGCUUCUGCUAUUGUACAACGUGAAGAGGGUGCACCUGUCCUGCCAGCUGCUUGUGACAUCUCUAUCCUGCUACUACUGAACAUCUCUGGGGUUACUGCAGUGUGAACAAGCCAUGGCUACCAUCACCUGCACACGUUUCAGUGAGGAGUACCAACUGUUCGAGGAACUGGGAAAGGGAGCUUUCUCCAUUGUCCGUAGAUGCGUGAAAGUUUUAUCUGGGCAAGAGUAUGCAGCAAAAAUCAUUAACACCAAGAAGCUUUCAGCUCGAGAUCACCAGAAGCUAGAACGUGAAGCACGAAUUUGUCGUCUCUUGAAGCAUCCGAACAUAGUAAGGUUGCAUGACAGUAUUUCAGAAGAAGGACACCACUACCUUAUAUUUGAUCUGGUCACUGGAGGAGAACUGUUCGAGGAUAUCGUUGCCAGGGAAUAUUACAGUGAAGCAGAUGCCAGUCACUGUAUUCAACAGAUCCUAGAGGCAGUACUCCAUUGUCACCAGAUGGGGGUGGUACACAGGGACCUGAAGCCAGAAAACCUGUUGUUGGCUUCAAAGCUAAAAGGGGCAGCUGUGAAACUGGCAGACUUUGGUUUGGCUAUCGAAGUGGAAGGCGAGCAACAGGCAUGGUUUGGAUUUGCUGGAACGCCGGGCUACCUCUCCCCAGAAGUGCUAAGAAAAGAUCCCUAUGGAAAGGCUGUUGAUUUAUGGGCCUGCGGGGUUAUUCUAUACAUCUUACUCGUUGGCUACCCACCUUUCUGGGAUGAAGAUCAGCACAGGCUGUAUCAGCAGAUCAAAGCAGGAGCAUAUGAUUUUCCUUCCCCUGAGUGGGACACUGUAACUCCAGAAGCAAAGGACCUCAUUAACAAGAUGUUAACCAUAAAUCCCGCAAAAAGAAUCACGGCUGCGGAAGCCCUGAAGCACCCAUGGAUUUCACACCGCUCUACAGUGGCUUCCUGUAUGCACAGACAGGAGACAGUCGACUGCUUGAAGAAGUUCAAUGCCAGGAGGAAGCUGAAGGGUGCUAUUCUGACCACAAUGCUGGCAACCCGGAAUUUCUCUGGAGGCAAGAGUGGCAACAAGAAGAAUGAUGGGGUUAAGAAAAGAAAGUCCAGUUCCAGUGUCCAGUUGAUGGAAUCCUCAGAAAGUACAAAUACUACUAUUGAAGACGAAGAUACCAAAGUGAGGAAGCAGGAGAUUAUUAAAGUGACAGAGCAGCUGAUAGAGGCUAUUAGCAAUGGCGACUUUGAGUGUUACACUAAGAUGUGUGACCCUGGAAUGACAGCGUUUGAACCUGAAGCACUGGGAAACUUGGUGGAAGGUUUAGACUUUCACCGAUUUUACUUUGAGAAUUUGUGGUCACGAAGCAAUAAACCUCUUCAUACAACCAUCUUGAACCCUCACAUUCACCUGAUGGGAGAUGAGUCUGCUUGCAUUGCUUACAUCCGCAUAACCCAAUACCUGGAUGCCAGUGGUGUUCCCCGAACUGCCCAAUCAGAGGAGACAUGUAUUUGGCAUCGUCGUGAUGGAAAAUGGCAAAAUGUUCACUUUCACCGAUCAGGGGCCCCUUCAGUCCUCCCACAGCACCAAGAUACCCAAGCAGUCAUUAAUAUGUCAAAUGUUAAACCCUGUACUACCCAUUGAAGUUCUGGCCUUUGAAAAGCUGAGACUCCAUCUUUGGCCAUGGACUCUAAUUAUCAGUGCCAGAAGAAGCAGCCCCAUUCGACUUCUGCAACUUUCUCCCCUUCUCUUUCUCUCUGCACCUCUCUUUUUCGCUGGUCCAUACCUCUCUUUCUUUCUUUUACUUCUGAGGUAUCAGGUGACAGGAUACAGUGUGGAAGUUUGUGUCCAGAUAUGUGUGAGCCUGUGUGCGUUAACAUGUUCUCUGCGCAGUUCUAGUCACCCACCAAUAAGAGGUCAGGGAGAGAGGGGGUGCGUCUUCUCUGGAAAUUAUGUCACUGCAAAUUGGGACUGUGAUUUCAGCAGUGAUACUCAAGCAGAUCAAAUAAUGCAUCACCAACAUUUUACUUUCAUUGUACAAUAAAAUACAGAUCACUUUAAUAUUAGUAUUAUGACAGACAUUUACACAGCUGACACCAUCUAAACAAAUGUAAUAAAAAAAACAAAAGUCAGCGAAAAGUGUCAGACAUUCACAUAAACCAAAAGCACAAGUUCACACAUAAUAGAGGCACCCUGGGUUUUUAAACCAUAAGGUUCUGCAGAUGUUGAAAGUACUUAUUGAUCAUUAAUCAUCUAAUUUCAUAAGGACUUAUUCUUUUUUUUUUCUUACUUUUUUGAAUAUUAGAUCAGAGUUAUCAAAGGCUGCCUUAACUACUAGAGCAUCCGAUCAAUUUCAAUGCUGCGUUAGCAGUCCAGGGACAAAAGUAAUAAUAUUAAUAAUAAAAAAUGUUUGAUUUUUUUUUUUUAUCUGUUUUUUGGCUAUACUCUGCCCAAAACCUUGCUGUUUUGUGGGUGCAGUGUCUCCACCUACAAAUGUUUUCUUUUUCAAAGAAUGUAUAUUUAUUUAAAAGAGCUAAAAGGUUCAUCGUUUUUACGUUGCAAAGCAAUGUUGUGCAAUGAACAGACAAACAAUAAAAAAAAUAAAAAAAUAAAGUUCAGUGCAGACCAACGAUGCAAGCUAUAGUAAUAAUAAAUAUCUAUAAAUAUUCAUACAUAUAUAUAUUUUGUGCAAAUACAUCAGUGUGUUAAGAAAAAAUUGUAUUUCUAUUUGAGAUCUAAUAUAUGCAUGCUUUUAUAGAAGUAAAACAUUCUUGUAAUAAUUGAUUUGCAAUAUGUUACAACAAUUUUUUGGGAGGGGGUGGGGAACAGCGAUUCUCAAAAGCAACCUUAGAAGCAGUCUCUCUUUUUUUUUCACGUCCAUCUUUUGGUGGAUGGUGUACUGCUCACCUUUCUGAACAUUUGUUAAAAUGCUUGUACAAUAUUCUGCUGUUGAAUGAACAGUUAAAAGUUUUCUUUUUAUGAGUUUAGACGAGUGUAGUUUAAUUUAUUGUGUUGUUCAGGUUCUACAUUUAAAUUAGUGGUUGCUUUAUUUACUUUAAUUAUAGGAACGCUCUUAUUAAAGAGGCAUCCUAAUGUACAGGGAAUUCAGUUUACCUGUCCUCUGCAUGGUGGCUUUUUAAAAUUAAGCAAUGAUGAAGUCUAAUGAUGAGAAGGUCUAGGCAUGUUUACAUUUUUAGCUAUAAUAGUGAUCUGUCAGAUUAGGUUGCUUAUGAAAUAAUCUGUAUGAUAAAUGUGGUGGGUCAAUGUCCUCCUGUUUUCAAAAACACCUAAGAACAAAUGACAGUACUGGGCUGUGAUGUCUGUUUCUUUCUUUAGUGAAGAUGUGGAGUUUAAAAAUAUAGGCCCUAUCCUAUAAACUGGAUGGAAUAAUUUGACAUGACUCAAAUUUAUUUUUGUGCAAGAUUUGCAGAACGAAUCGAAGAAAUGAAUCGGAACUUCUGCGUCACAAUAAGCAGGACACUUGAAUGGUACUACUGGUGGAAUUUUUUUCUUGGAUAUGUGUUAUGCACACAGAAUGAUCACUGAAUUUCAAAGAUCUUGACUUUUUGAGGAACGCAGAAGGCAGAAACCAUCCACAAAGACUAACCUCUUGAUUAAUAUUUAUUUUGUCCUCUUUUUGUGGUCAGUGGUGGUCCUCAGUGAUGUUGAUUUGUUUUUAGGACGAUCAUUCAUGACUUUUUUCACUUGACUGCAAUCGUGCAUCAUUGCCAAAUGGAUUUAUUUUGGUGUAAGUAACACUGAUUUAAUAGGCCAUUAAAAAAAAACUGGUCUAAUAGCA